ACCCAGCCAUGCUGCCGGGGGAGCGGCGCCGGCUCUGCAGGGCACGUGCGUCCGGCGCGGCCCGCGCGGGCCUCACUAUGCCGGUCACGGAGAGGCUGCGGGAGAUGAUGAAGCGGGCCCGGCGGGAGGUGAGCGGGAACGGGAGCAUGACCCAGCUGCUGGCCGGCUCUGCCAAGAAGGUGCUGCUGCAAAAGAUCGAGUUCGAACCGGCCCGCCGGAGCUUCUCCGAGCAGCUGCAGAGGCUCCGCGGCAAGUACGUGCGGCUGAACUCCCCAGCCAAGGCUGCCGGACCCCAGUGCGGCCCUGAGCAGCAGCAGCAGGGCAAGCAGGGUAAAGAUGCUCCAAUGGGCCCAGGGGACGGGAUCCCCGCACCCCAGAAGGUGCUCUUCCCUGUGGAGCGCCUGUCCAUGGAGUGGGAGAGGAUGUACCGAAUCGGUGCAGGACUGCGUAACCUCGGGAACACAUGUUUCCUUAACUCCACCGUGCAGUGCCUCACGUACACCCCGCCGCUCGCUAACUACCUGCUCUCCAGGGAGCACCGCUGCACCCGUGAUCAAGGCACUUUCUGCAUGAUCUGCAUCAUGCAGAACCACGUGGCUCAGGCUUUUGCCAACAGCGGCAACGCGAUAAAGCCGGUGGCCUUCGUCCGAGACCUCAAAAAGAUCGCUGGGCACAUGCGCUUCGGUCAGCAGGAGGAUGCGCACGAAUUCCUGCGUUACACUAUCGACGCUAUGCAGCAGUCCUGCCUGAGUGGCUGCACCAGGUUGGAUUGCGAGAGCCAGGCGACGACAUUGGUCCACCAGAUCUUUGGCGGCUACCUGCGAUCCCGUGUGAAGUGUUUGGCAUGCAAGAGCAUCUCGGACACAUACGACCCGUUCCUGGACCUGGCACUGGAGAUCUGGCAAGCCAGAGACGUACGGGGGGCGCUGGAGCUGUUUGUUAAGCCAGACCUGCUGGGUGGGGAGAACUCCUACCUGUGCGCAGGGUGCAACAGCAGAGUGUCGGCAACAAAACGCUUCAGCAUCCACCGAGCCUCCAACGUUCUCACGCUCUCACUGAAGCGAUUCUUCUGUGGUGGACAGAAAAUCACAAAGGUCGUGACAUAUCCCGAGUUCCUCAACCUCCGCCCAUACAUGUCAGAGAGCGAGGGGGAUCCUGUAAUGUAUGGGCUCUAUGCGGUGCUGGUGCACUCUGGCUACAGCUGCCACGCGGGGCACUACUACUGCUAUGUGAAGGCGAGCAAUGGGCAAUGGUAUCAGAUGAAUGAUAGUAUGGUCCGCUGCAGCAAUGUCAAAGUGGUCCUCAACCAGGAAGCCUACCUGCUCUUCUAUGUGAGACUCUCCGGCCCAGAGAAGAGCUUGGACAGGCCCAUUGCCAGAGCUGCCCCCAGGCUGACUGGCUUGGAGGGCACCGUCUCCAAAGAGACAAAGAAAAUGGUGAGCCACAGGCCCCUGUUCGCAUCACUGGCACGCAGCGCGCAGCCAGGGAAGAGGGGGCCAGGGCCGGAGGUCGGGGUGCCCGUGGACCGCAGCACAUGGAGGACGGGGCCAGAGCUGUGGAACGGCCCCGCCACGCUGAAGCUGCCCGUUACAUCGCUGCCAACCGGAGCGGCCCUCAAAGCUGCCUGUGUGGGCACAGCGCUGCCCCGUGCCGCAGCCCAGAGCCCGGAGCCUCCCAGGUCCAAGUCAGCCCUGGGCUCCAGCACCACAGGCAGAGCAAGCUCAGCUGAAGCACAUCAUCCCCAGCAGAGCUCCGGGGAGGAAAGGAUGCCACCUGCCCCGACCACAUCCCCAGUGCUGCUGGGCCUCACCCAGCAGCCCCGGAGCACUGGGCAUAGAGCCUGUGACUCGGAGGAGGGCUCGGGGAGCAGCAGUGCUGCCAGCCCAGCACCUGCUGCAGUGGGGAAGCUGGACAGAGCUUCCCAGGAGGCCGGGAGCAGAACCAGCAGCUCCAGCACCUCUCGGGAGCCGGACUGUGGCACCGACGUCCCCAGUGCCGCGCCGCCUGCCCCCACAACCACCAGGCGCAGGAAGGUGAAAUCCCCCUGCUCGGCCAGCGCUGCUGUGGGGCAGAGCAGCAGCACAUCCCCACCACCGGCCAAGAGGCUGGCGCUCUCUGCCAGAAAGUCCCCGCAGGGCAGGAAGCUGCGCAGGAGUGCCCACCACGCGCGGCCUCGCGCGCCAGCCGCUGGCACCAGCUUCCCACCGAGGAGAAGCUGCCCCGGCUCGGCUCUGCUGCCUUCGGGCACGUGCAGCAGGGAGGAGCCCAGCCCGGUCACCACUGGCUCCUUCCAAAAGAAGAGGCGGCCCAAGGCAGGCAGCAGCCUCCGUGCUCCAGCAGUCGAGGAGGAGGUCUCUGUCCCACCCAAGAAGAAGAAGAGACUUCUUACUGCUGAGGCCUUGGAGUCCCUAGAGGGGCCGGAAGCAGCAGGUCCCAGCGGGGACAGGGAGGCACCGGGCUCACAGGCCCUGGAGAGCUGGCUCCUGUCAUCCCCCUGUGCCCACCCGGACUGGGAGCCCGCCUCUGCCGCAAGAAGGGAAAAGAAGGGGAGGAGGAGAAUGGAGGAGAGCUGCAGCGGGGCUGCCCUGAACCCCUGGAAGGCAAAGAAGCAGCGACCAGAGGCUGAUGCGCCCAGGCACCGCAAGCACAAGUGCAGGGGAAGUGCCAGCUGUCAGGCCGUGGAGGAGCCGGCUGCCAAAGUCGUCUGUGCUGCAGUGGCAGCAGAGAGCCAGGCUGGAGCUGGGUACAGGCACUACCCUGCGGCCCAAAGGCCUGCACAUGACCGUGGGGCUGGCACAGCACCAACGACCCAGCUGGAGUCCACAGUGGUGGAGCAGCUGCUUGUGGAUUCCUUGGACAAAGCUUACGGCAAACAAGUCUUGACCUGGAAUGGUGGCGUCUCGGCUGUCAGUUGGGAUGCCGUUCAGUCUGCAGCCUCAGCGCGCGGGAAGACCAUCAUCGAUGAGUGGGAUGAGGAGUUUGACAGAGGCAAGGUGAAGAAGGUUAAAAAGCGGAGGAGGGAGCAGAGGCACCAGAAGCCCUUCCAGUGGCUGCCCCGCCAGCGCAGCUUCUGGGCAGUGACGCAUGCGGCCAAGGCAGCGAGCCUGCGCCACCGGCUCUGAGCCCCAAUGCCAGCGAGCGGGAGGAGCAGCCCCUGCCAUGGACCCUGUCCUGGGAGCUGCUGUGGAGGGAAGAGGACCCCGCUCCCCACAUCU